CUUCGGACGACCAUUAGCAUUUGUUUAAAAGGAAUGCUUGGAGGCCAAGCAGGCUACUGCAUUUGUGGGGUUGCAUCCCCGUCGCCUGCUUCCUUUGUUCGAGGACUAGAAAUAGAAUCCCCCAUCCUCUGGUUCAAAAGAUAAAACAAAAAAGAAUCCGCCAUCCUCUCUCUCUCUGUCUGUGGGAUCGAAGGAGAUGGGAGUGUGGUCGAACAAGAUCGAGAGGGAGAAUUUGAAACCGGGGGAUCACAUCUACUCUUGGAGGCUCACCUAUACCUACGCCCACCAUGGGAUAUAUGUCGGCGACGAAAAUGUUAUCCACUUUACUCGUGGUCCAGGCCAGGAGAUUGGAUCAGGACCUGUGCUAGACCGCAUCAUUGUGAGCUCAUCACCUUCCUAUCGUCCCAUGGGCAUUCCUUGCUCAAGAUGUGGAGAUCAAUCAAAUCUCAAUGGAGUCAUCAUUUCUUGUAUAGAUUGUUUUCUUUCGGGUGGAAAUCUGUACCUUUUUGAGUAUGGUGUCUCAAAAGCAUUUUUUCUUUUCCAAGUUCGGGGAGGUACCUGCACUCUUGCUUCAUCUGAUCCACCAGAAGAUGUUAUUCACCGUGCUAAAUAUCUUCUUAGGAAUGGCUUUGGUUCGUAUGAUAUUUUCAAGAACAACUGCGAAGACUUUGCCUUAUAUUGCAAAACAGAGAAAUUGCUUGCGGGAAGAAGUGGACAGGUGGCGUCCUUUAAUGCUGCUGUUGGUUCUGCUGCUAAUGUUGCUGUUGAUGCUGCUGCUAGUGCUGCUACUAAUGCUGUUGCUAGAGCUGCUGCCAAUGCUGUUGCUAGAGCUGCUGCUAAUGCUGCAAUUUCUUCACCAUUACAAUCUCUCGCUACCAGUUUUAGCGGCUAUCUCACUACCAGUUUUAGCGGCGGCACGAUAGUGGUUGUUUAUGGCGUCAAGUAUGGAAUCAGGUAUUGUACCAAUCGUUUAGAUUCUGAUAUUGGAGUAUGCGGUGAUGCCGUUGCUGUGGAGAGUCUUGUUGCCCCUUCUGGGUCAAAUGAGUCAGAGGCUUCUAAUGAGUUAAAGGCUUCUGGGUCAAAUUAUUCAAAAGCUUCUAACGAGUCAGAGGCUUCUAAGUCAAAUGAGUCAGAGGCUGUAACUGAGAUGUUUAAGGGGGGCUAAUCAUUUGAGUUGGGCAGGAACUAGGAAGUAUGCGAUUUGCAAGGUUGUUGUUAUAAUUUGAUUGCUGCAAAUGUCAAAUACAUAUAUAAUGCUUUGCUUUUUUCCUGGGGCA